GCGAGAAACUUUACCAGAGUUGAACAAUGCAGUAGACUACAUGUGUCUACAUGCACCAUUUACUCGUCUUGUACAAAAAGCAAUCGGUUGGUUAGCGUUGAUUGACAUGCGUACAGAAAGUAUCAAUACAGAUACACCGAACGAUUCCGAGCUAUUCUUAUCAUCACCAUCAUCAGUAUCGAGAAUUGAUCAGUUAUGUCAUAACAAUCACCAUCGAGUGACAUCCAAAUCAGAAUAUUUUGAUCAAAUAGACCCAUAUAUUUUCAAUGCUUUGAAGGAUUACUGCUUAGCUGAUGAUAAACAUAUUCCUGAUCGCCAAUUGGAUACAAUUUGUUUGAAAGCUACUGAAUCGUCAUACAGGCGUAGAGUAGAUCCUGGACUAAUGUUUGCGAAGAAUAUUGGUAAUAUGUAUACCGCCUCGCUAUACGCAUGUCUUGUUAGUCUUCUUCUGAAGUAA